GUGGGCGAAAUUUGCAUAGCAAUUGCAACCGACCGCCGCAUACACACAAAAGGCUAAGAAUGUCAAUAGAGAUCACUCAGCAUACAUCAUACAAGCUUCAUGCUGAGUUAAUGAAUCAACCAUAAAUAAUAACUCCUUCGCUUUUCGAUGCUUGUUGUGAUUGUUCUCUCGUUAUCGCUAUCGUUAUAUCAGUAGGAUCACUGCAGCUACAGACUGUCCAUCCACAAUGCAGAAUAUAGCUAUAGUCUUCGUUAUCUCUGCUUCGAUUUUAUUCCACAAAAGCCUAUGUUAUCCUACCGGAGCGCCUUCUUCGCAAUGUACAAGCAUGACACCAAGUCAUGGGGUUGUUGCUCAAGCAGGAGCAAGUCCGUACGAAGUUAAGGUCAACAGAUCGUAUUAUAUGCCAGGGGAAACUGUCAGAGUUUCCAUCGAAAGUUCGGGUGAUAAUAUCAAAGGCUAUCUGAUCCAAGCAAGACAAGUAGGAGGAAACUCAGCGACGGGAAUGUUUGCAGCGGCUCCCGUAAAUGGGAAGUACGUGAAUUGUGGCAAUAGCAAGGUAGAAACUGCAUUUGUUAAUCAUUUUAUAUAAACUUUUAACUUCUUUGCAAAUGUAUAUAUGUAAUAAGUAAAAUACAAAUACCGAUACCAAUUUAGCGUUUCUUAGGAAAUUCGCUGCGAAAACAUGAGCCACUUACUAUAUUUAGACUUUACAAUUAUAUAUUCAACAGGAAUAUCGACGAUUUUACUCGGCAUAUUAA